AUGUCCUGUCUUUCAUUAUACUUCGACAAAUCUGAACUGAUUGAAAGUCAGACAAAGUUAUCUCGAAUUAAAUGGGUUUAUAGCAGUAAUUUUUGGAGCGAAAUUAGCGAUUUGGAGAACUUUGAGGAAGGGGCAGAGACGAUUAAGGAUGAAGAAACAGUGGUUGGUGGGAAGAGGUGCUUGUCAUGUUUUGUAAAUAACAGACUUUGUUAUGCUAUAUGGCAGAAAAAAAAAAAGGAGAACUUGCCGACAACCGGCUUUGGCAGUAGCAACAGAUGGGGAAGAGGAGAGAGGAAGGAGAGAAGGACAAAAGAAGGAAGAGAGGAGCUUGGCGGAACUUGUUUUGGUUAUGCACACGCAGGCAGCGUCGUUUCGGUGUUGGGCUUCGGCGGUUGUACUGCUGCUACCACUGGGCAGGCGGCGACAGUUGCUAUAGGCGUUGUUGCCGUUCACUUCGGCUCCUCCGUGAUGCUCCUGUUGCUGCAGCUGCUGUCGUCGAUGUGUCGGUGGUGUUCAACUGAGUAG